UUUUGUUAAAAACAAAUGCACAUGCAUCAUUGAAAACAGACAAAAACUGCAUAACGGCUCACAUAACAAGGUAGCAGAGUCUGAAAGUUACUGGAAGGUGUUACUCCUAUCUUUUUAGGCCUUGCAAGCUGUAACACACCAGUGAAACACUUUCUAUUCGAGUUUACCAGAACCACCUAGGCCAUUUUGAAACCUGAAAGCAUCCAAGGAAUUCAGACCAAAAUCAAGGUUUAACCUCGGUUUUUCUUGCUGUCAGAAAGAAAAAGUUGUGUUUCAAUGACUUCUGCUACUACUUUUACUGCUUUACCUGAAAAUAAACCUCAGAUUCAGCAUAUAGUUAACAUUCCUGAACAAAUUGAGCCUGAGAUGCAUGAUCAAUGUUGCAUCUACAAGGUUCCUCACCAUCUCCAUAAACUGAAUGUGGAAGCCUAUACACCAUAUUUCAUCUCAAUAGGCCCUCUUCACAGUGAAAAGCCAGAGCUGAAGCAGGAAAAACUGAAGCAGAGGUAUUUUCAUGCCUUCUGGAAAACUUUAUCUCAGAGGCAGUCUUUAGCUUUGUCAAAGUAUAAAGUCUUCCUUGAAGAGAACAAAGAAAAGAUAGGGAACUCUUACUCCGAGCCAGAACUCCACAAGAAUGAAAAUUUUGUGGACAUGAUCCUGUUAGACUCAGUCUUCAUCAUGGAACUGUUUCUGAGAAAAGCAAACAAAUCUGAGAAGAAGAAUGAUUUGAUGUUCACCACAUCAUGGAUAUGCAAGAUGACUCAACGUGACUUGUUACUGCUAGAAAACCAGCUUCCCAUGUUUGUGUUGGAGGAGUUGCACACAAGGGUCAUCCUUGGAGAUAAUGGCACCAAGGAAAACUGUCUCAAGUUCACUGAACUUGCCUUUAACUACUUUGAAGACUAUUAUCCACACAAGUCAAUUCAAAAGGUGGAGAUGAUCAAGAAUUGUGAAUCUUGCUUAAACUUCACUGAUUUGAUCAGAUACACUUACCUUCCUAGACAAAUCCAGGUUCAUAAGAACUCAUCACAACAUUUCACUCCUUGUGCUGUGGAAUGUGUUCUGAGGACUGCAACAAAGUUGGAUGAAGCAGGUGUUAGUUUUGAAACUGUUGAAGGUAGGAACUAUUUGGAUAUAAAGUUUGAGAAAUCUCCAAUUCUGAGCUGGUUCUUGUGUUUUGGUUGCUUACCAUUCACUGAAUGUUUCAAAUCUCGUUUGCAAAUACCCCAUUUGAAGGUAGACCAGGUGACAGAAUGUAUACUAAGAAACCUCAUUGCUUUGGAGCAGUGCCACUAUUCAGACCAGCCUUUCAUAUGCAACUAUGUGAAUCUAAUUGACUCCUUAAUUCACACUCAAGAUGAUGUAGAGCUUUUGGUGGACAGAGAAAUAAUUGUGCAUGAACUUGGCAGCCACAAUGAAUUAGCAACAAUGAUAAAUGGUCUUUGCAGACAUGUUGUUGUGACUUCAAAUUAUUAUGGCAGAAUCACAAGGGAACUCAACGAACACUACAACUGCGGUUGGAAACACUACAUGGGUAUGCUGAAGUCUGUAUACUUCCGUGAUCCUUGGAGAUUCAGUUCAACUAUCGUGGGAAUUGCUGUGUUCUUGUUUGCUGUUUUAAACUUUCUAAGGGUCAUUGGUGUGCUUCGACCAAAAUAUUAAAAUUGAUAUGAUCUUAGAAUUUUGCCACACAAAUGCUAACAACUGAGAUUGAAAGAUAGGCAUGCUUGUUUUUUUUAUCAGACUAUCAAUUCUGUGUUCCAACUAUGAGAUCGAUUUCUUUUUCCACGAUUAACCGAGUAGAUUUAUGCAAUGUUAUAAAUGCAAACAGUUGGAGUGCACUCCCUGUUGUGAAGUGUGAACAGGGGAAUCGCGUGAAACACGAUUUGGGAUUUUA